AUUAACACAGAGACUGCAGCAAGCACGACGUCAAAUUGGAUCCAAGUGCGUAACCGAACGAAAUAGGAUCCGACUGAGAUCCGACUCGUUUACACGCUCUAUAAUUUCUAGGUGCCCGAAACAAAUCGAUCCAAAUUCAUACUUGGACUGUUGAGAGACUUGAGUGAAAGAAAAACCCUCUGAAAACUCUUCAAGCACGCGAAAACCAAACCAAUUCAAAUCCCCGACUGAAAUUUCCAGUUAACCAAACAAACUGAAGGGCUGAGAAAUGCUUGGGGAUUUGAUUUGAUAUGAAUUUACAUUAAUAAAAGAAGGUUGCAAGUAGUUGAAGACUGAGGGGAAGGAGCUCUAGAGCUUUAUUGAAAAGGAAUGUGGACCAAUGUUUUCAAAAUCGGCGGUCUUCAUCAAAUAUCAUGGUUUCAGUUCCUCCCUCAUGAUUCUGAGUUGAUCCCACAACCAGAUAAAAGUGUGAAAGAUGCUGCCACACAGCUGGUACUUUCAUCGCAUCUACAGUUGCAGAAGGAAGGAUUUCUCAGCACAUGGACCAACUCUUUUGUUGGGCCUUGGGAUCCAUCUCAAGGUUUGCACAAUCCGGAUGAGAAAAUUAAACUCUGGCUUUUUCUUCCUGGCCGUCAUUCAAGUUAUGCUGACCCUGCUCAAGCUGCAGUCUCUAAAUUAAGAGUUGUUGCUUCUGGACUUUGGAUGUCUCCUGGGGACUCAGAAGAGGUUGCGACUGCCCUUUCUCAGGCUUUAAGGAAUCGUAUAGAAAGGGCGCUGUCUGGACUAGCCUACAUGAGAUUUGGAGAUGUAUUUUCAAAGUUCCAUGCAUCACAAAGUGAAGAGCUUCUCAGGAGAGGCCAGCCUACAGUUGAGUUUAUCUUUGCUGCCACUGAAGAGGGAAUCUUUGUGCAUGCUUUAGUAUCUGCGAAGCAUAUCCGAGCACUUUCCAGUGAUGAUUUGGAGAGAGUACAAAAGCAUUCUUCCCAAAAUUCGUGUUAUGGGCUUCCAGUUAUUGUUUCUCCUCAUGGAAUAUGUGGGAGGCUAACUGGAUGUUGUCCAGGUGAUCUUGUCAAACAGGUGUAUUUCAGUUCUAGCAAGCUUAAGACUUCAAAUUUCAUUGGUCUGCCAAACCAUGUCUCUCAAGGUUCUGGUUCGCAACUGACGUGGCAAAAUUGCUAUGUUGAAGUUACCCUUGGCUGUCCUAGACCUAGAAGUGACUGGGCCUUACAAUCAAACUCAAAUUCCUUAAGGAAUGUAGUGAAGCAUCACCCUGUUGAAUCUCCUUCUUUGGGAAGAGGUGAUCAGAAGGGUUCAUUGGAUAAUAUAUCAGUUUAUGAAAAAACAUUUGUAUAUCCGGCUGAGGCAGUGCUUGUCCCAUCCUUGCAAGUGGCCGGAUCAUCUCUGAAAAGAUUUUGGCUUCAAAAUUGGAUUGGACCCUCCAUGCCUGGCUCAUCAUUCUUUAUGCUUUGUUCUGACAGCAUAGAACCAAUGGAGGAAUGCAACGAAACCAAUGGGAUACGCACACAACGUGGGUAUAAUAGUAGUAGCAACAGUAAUAGUAGCAGCAUUAGUAGCAUAAGCAGCAGCUCCAGCGAUAGUGAUGACAAAAUGGCUACAGGAGCCAGUGAACUAGAGGCAGAUGCUGAUUCUUUAACCUGUAGACAGUCUGGUUUAUCUUUUAAUAAUCGGUUGGGAAAUGAUAUCUCCAAAUUGGGUUUUAAGCGUCCGCGAGAUGGGAUGGCAGAGUCAUUUGCUGAAGUGGGAACAGCUACAAGUGCUUCUCUGCAGGAUACAUACAACUCUGAUUUUGGUUCCAUGGAAGUCAACAACUCAGCGAUCACUGUAGUUACAAAUGACCAGAUUGGAUCUCUUUGGGAUUGGGAUGGUGAUGACAGAUAUGGCACUGAUAUCCAUGCUUUGAUUAAUGAAUUUGGAGAUUUUGGUGACUUAUUUGAAAGUGAUGUUUUGCCUUUUGGAGAGCCCCCAGGAACUGCUGAAUCUCAGGCUCUCAUGUUUUCUGCACCAGAUUUUGGCGAUGUAGUUGACAACCCAGUUGGGGUGAUGGAUGUUUCUGAUCAGUUGCUUUUGUCCGAGGGUUUUGCAUCCUUUGAAAGCUUUAUUCCUCCCCCUCCUGCAGCCAUGGAAGAGACACUCAUAAAAAAUCAAGAAGGCAUAAAUAGUGCUUUGUCCUCGGGUCCAGUGAACUGCUCUUCAGCAUCUAAUAUAAGUGAAUUUGAUCACAUAAUAAAAGCUGAGGCACUGAUGACAUUUGCUCCUGAAUAUGGAGCUGUUGAAACACCUACAAGUGAAGUCUCAUCAUCCAUUUUCAGAAGCCCAUACUUGCCCAAAUCUAGACAAGCAGAGAGUUCAAAUUCAAGCCCGAGCAUUUACACAUAUGGUCCAACACCACCUUCUUCUUGCUUUGAUGGAUUUGAUGAGAAGACUGGCAUGCCGUCAAAUUCUAAACCGUGUGCUGGAAAGAAAGAUGCAAGCAACAUUUUCCGGUCGAAGAACUAUUACACUCAUGUGGAGAGUGGAAAAGAGCAACAAGACAGAAGAUUGCUUACAAGUAGUAAUGGCAUUGCGGUCGCACAUGAUGGGGUGGCACAAUCUCCUUUCCCUGUUCUCAAUUCUACAAAUGCGGUCAAAGCGGCACAGAGGAAAAUGACUGAAGGCACAUUUGAAUCAGAAAACUCCUUUCUAUCUAUGAGGACCAUUCCUGCAACUGAAAUUGAGUGCAUCUUAUUUCAGGCAUCAAUGUGUAGAAUACGACACACCUUGUUGUCUUCAAGUAGUCUCUCAUCUAUUGGUUUUAGUAGGCUGCCAGGUGACCAAACUGUCAUGCCAGAAAACAUAUCUGGAAAGUAUGAGGCAAGGAGGAAAGAGUCGAUACCCGUUAGAAUUGCUGGUGAUAUUGAUGGAGGAAUGAUAGAUGGGCAUCUCAAUGCACCUGUUGGUGUCUGGCGCUCCGUAGGAGCUCCUAGAGUCCCAAAACCCUCAAGUUCAUCUAGUAUGGAAAUUAGCUCGUCCUUGCCUCAUACUUCAUUCAAUGAUGAAAGUAUGCUUUCUUAUGGGAGACAACCACUUCAGGAACUUCUUGAUGGUUUGUCAUUACUUGUACAGCAAGCUACUUCCUUUGUUGAUUUGUCCCUGGACUCAGAUUGUAGUGAUGGUCCUUAUGGUUGGCUGGCGUUACAAGAGCAAUGGAGGAAGGGAUUUUCUUGUGGGCCGUCUAUGGUCCAUGCAGGUUGUGGGGGUACACUGGCUUCUUGUCAUUCCCUGGACAUUGCUGGUGUCGAGUUAGUUGAUCCACUCUCUGCUGAUGUGCAUGCUUCAUCUGUAAUUAGUUUGCUGCAGUCUGACAUAAAGACAGCCUUAAAAUCUGCAUUUGGUAUUUUGGAUGGGCCAUUGCCUGUCACUGAUUGGUGCCGAGGUCGCAACCAAUCAGGUGAAAGCACGGUUGAUGGAUAUUCUGCUGAGUCCACUAUAAGUGAAUGUAAAGAUUCAUCAAGUAUUGUAGCUCCUUCUAUUGUAGAACCAUUGAGCCCAUCACCAUCUUGUUCUGCUGGAUCAACUUGCCUUAAAGUUUCUAGUGCAAUGGAUGGAGCAAAAGUGGACGAGACAUCCCAAAGAAGAUCAAACCAAGAAAACUGUACUUCUGAGUCUGAUCUGCAGAUGUCCUCCCGGCUAAGACCAACACUUUUUGUUAUUCCGUUGCCUGCUAUACUCGUUGGGUAUCAAGAUGAUUGGCUUAAGGCAUCAGCAAGCUCUCUGCAACUUUGGGAAAAGGCUCCGCUUGAGCCAUAUGCUCUACAAAAACCUAUUACUUAUUAUGUUGUAUGUCCAGACAUUGAUCCCCUUACAUCUGCUGCUGCCGAUUUUUUCCAACAACUAGGAACUGUCUAUGAAACAUGCAAACUGGGAACUCAUUUACCCCAGAGUUCUGGGAGCCAAAUGGAGGUUGACUCUGGGAGAAGGCCAUCGUCUGGGUUUGUCCUACUUGAUUGUCCUCAAGCAAUGAAGAUAGAAAGUAGAAAUGCAUCUCUUGUGGGCUCACUAAGCGAUUAUUUUCUUUCUAUUUCGAAUGGUUGGGACUUGACAAGCUACCUUAAGUCUCUCUCAAAGGCUCUCAAAGCUUUGAAACUUGGUCACUGCUUGUCCACAAAUGCAAAAGAAGGAAGUAGUGGUCCUUCUACGGUGAUUUAUGUAGUGUGCCCCUUCCCUGAGCCUAUUGCAAUUUUACAGACUGUCAUUGAAUCUUCUGUUGCUAUUGGAUCAGUCAUUUUCCAAUCAGACAGAGAAAGGAGAUCUAUAUUGUACAGUCAGGUUUCGAAGGCAUUAAGCUACUCGGCCACAGUGGACGAGGCAUCAAUAUCAAAUAUUUUAGUACUCUCUGGGUUUGGUAUUCCUAAAUUGGUACUGCAGAUUGUGACAGUGGAUGCCAUUUUUAAAGUUACAAGCCCGUCACUGAAUGAACUUGUAAUUCUCAAGGAGACUGCUUUUACUGUUUACAACAAGGCUCGCCGAAUAUCACGGGGAGCCUCUAGUGAUGCAGUCCAAUCAUCGCUGUCUAGUAGAUCCCAUACAGUCCUCUCGCAAAUGUCUUCUCCUACUCCAGGGACGUGGAAGGACUGUGGUGGCCCUCGAAUUACUGGGCAUUCCCUUCCAAGAGAGGGUGAGAUGGAUGCUAGUUUGAGGACUGGUAGCUGGGAUAGUUCAUGGCAAACAACAAGAACUGGAGCAGCAAACUGCGAUCCCAACAGAAUUGGAGAUAUUUUUUCUCAAGAUGAGACUCGCUACAUGUUUGAACCACUUUUUAUUCUUGCAGAACCCGGUUCUCUGGAGCGUGCGUUUUCACCUUUAGCUUUUGGUAAUUUAUCAUCAGAACCUUCAAAGGCAUUGUCCGAUGACAUCAGUGGAGGCUUUAUGCAGAGUACAAGUUUAGGUGGAAGUGCGGAUUCUGGAUCAGGCUCUCAAGCUGAUGGAUCAGAGCUAGAUAAGAUCCCUCCUAGCCUACAUUGUUGCUACGGAUGGACAGAGGAUUGGCGUUGGCUAAUAUGCAUCUGGACAGAUUCAAGGGGGGAGUUACUUGAUAGCCACAUAUUCCCUUUUGGUGGAAUUAGCAGUAGACAGGACACAAAGGGACUGGAAUGUCUUUUUGUACAAGUUCUGCAGCAAGGCUGUCAAAUACUGCAGGCUUGCUCUUUGGAUACCGGUGUUGCCAAGCCGAGGGAUUUUGUGAUUGCACGCAUUGGAAGUUUCUACGAACUUGAAUACCAAGAGUGGCAGAAAGCAAUUAAUUCAGUUGGGGGUUCAGAAGUGAAAAAAUGGCACUUGCAACUGCGGCGAUCUGUGUCUGAUGGAGUGUCUGCUAGUAGUAACGGGCCUUCCUUGCAGCAGCAGGAGAUGAGUUUGAUUCAAGAAAGAACCCUACCUUCUUCACCUGGUCCUCUGUAUGGCAGCUCUCACUCAAAAAUAUCUGGAUUUAUGAAAGGUGGUUUAGGACAACCUUCUGUGAGAAAGCAGCUUAUGGGCACACAGUUGAUUGACAGCUCAAGGAGUUUGCUUCAGUGGGUGCAAAGUAUCAGCUUCAUUACAAUUGCAAUUGAUCAUUCUUUACAUCUUGUUUUUCCAGCAGAUACGCAAUCACCAGGAGCUCAUGGUGGUGUUGGUGUGGGCUCAUCAGGGUAUCUGGAAGGCACACCUGUGAAGUCUCUUGGUUCCACACCUGCUGCUUACAUUCUGAUCCCAUCACCCAGCAUGCGUUUCCUCCCUCCAACACCACUUCAGCUGCCCACAUGCCUCACUGCUGAAUCACCUCCACUAGCCCAUCUCCUUCACAGUAAAGGCUCUGCUAUUCCCCUUUCUACUUGUUUUGUGGUCUCAAAAGCUGUACCUACUAUGAGGAGAGAUUAUAGGAGCAACUUGAAAGAAGAAUGGCCUUCAACUCUUUUGGUCAGUCUUAUUGAUCAUUAUGGAGGUAAUAACUUUAGCCAAGAAAAACUCAUGAGAGGUAAUACCAAACAAGUGGGAAGGAGUCCAAGCUCGGAAGCUAGAGAUUUGGAAAUUGAGACGCAUGUAAUUCUCGAAUCCCUGGCAGCAGAGCUUCAUGCACUCUCUUGGAUGACUGUAAGUCCAGCAUACCUGGAGAGGCGAACUGCACUGCCUUUUCACUGUGACAUGGUUUUGAGAUUAAGAAGGCUUUUGCAUUUUGCUGAUAAGGACCUCUCCAGGCAUCAAGAGAAGCCAUAGUGCGGGUGAGAAAACAAGACGGCAGUUAAUCACUUGGUCAUUUAUUGGUAAAUAUAUUGUUGAAUGAAAUGCCCAAGUGAACUCUAGGUGGCCGCGAUACAAUUUAGCGACUCUAUAUACAAUUUUUGCAAAAUAGAAUUGUAGAUGUAAUGUUAGCCCGCUAAUUUUGCCAUAUUUUUUCAAAUGGAUGUAAACAUAAAUAGGCUGUCCGGGAAGAAAUAGUUAGAUCUAACAGGUGUAGAUUUUAAAGAUGUAUAUGAAAUUAUGAACUGUUGAAGGAUAAAUUUGAUGUGCAGAUUUCUUUACUUGGAGAGGUUAUCAUCCCAUUUUAGGAAUUCAGUUAAAUCCUGAUUUAUAUUCGAAUUCUGUAUGAAUAAUGUGUAA